ACCAAAUUCCUCAGCGCUCUCUCACACUCCUCUAAGGCCACGACUCCGGGGGUGGGGAAACAUAGCGCCGGCUGGUUCCCUCCCCGAAGAAGCCCUUGCGGUUGCUUUUCACAAUUCUGUGAAGGGAAAGGGGUGAGCUCCCCACAACUGCUGCAACUCCCAACUAGAGCUGGCUGCUCCACACCUCCUGGCGUAGUUGGGAGUGCCAUUGGUCUGGCUCUUUCUUUCCCUCAAUCCCCUUCUCUUCCUCUGUCUCCCUCUUGCCCUCUCCCCUUAAACAUGUCCACUGGCUCCCUCAGCGAUGUGGAGGACCUCCAAGAGGUGGAGAUGCUGGAAUGCGACGGGCUAAAAGUGGACUCCAACAAGGAGUUUGUGACCUCCAACGAGAGCACCGAGGAGAGCUCCAACUGCGAGAACGGGUCUCCGCAGAAAGGCCGCGGAGGCCUGGGCAAGAGGAGGAAGGCGCCCACCAAGAAGAGUCCCCUGAGCGGGGUCAGCCAGGAGGGAAAGCAGGUCCAGCGCAACGCAGCCAACGCGCGCGAGCGGGCCCGCAUGCGGGUGCUGAGCAAGGCCUUCUCCAGGCUCAAGACCACGCUGCCCUGGGUGCCCCCGGACACCAAGCUCUCCAAGCUGGACACGCUGCGGCUGGCGUCCAGCUACAUCGCCCACUUGAGGCAGAUCCUGGCUAACGACAAGUACGAAAAUGGUUACAUUCAUCCGGUCAACCUGACGUGGCCCUUUAUGGUGGCCGGGAAACCCGAGAGUGACCUAAAAGAGGUGGUGACCGCGAGCCGCUUGUGUGGAACCACGGCGUCCUGACCUUGGAGGUGCGAGUCUGGGAAAGGCGCGCUCCCGCGGGAAGCGGCCGGGAAGGCCACCCCUGCCCUCCCGCUCUCCGUCUCGCUCCUCUCCCAUCCCGGCCUGAGAACCUUUACAUCCACGACGAGGAGAUUCGUUUCCAAACCAGAGGAGGUCAACUGUAUUUACGGAUUCCCAUCUAUUUAACUUUAUUAACUUCUACCGUGAAUGGUUCUGUGAGCCUUGCUGGUCCAAGUGCAAUAUGUAAUUAUAAAUAUAUAAAUAGAUAAUAAGAGCCUAUCAAUGUGUAUCUUUUUUGUACAGUAUGUUGUAAAAUGUAGAUCAUAGAAUAGCUGACUUUGACAGUCACAUUUAUAAAGUAAUUCACUUAAAGAUAUAUAUUUUUUUCAAACAAGUUUUGCUACUUUCAAAAAUAAAUCUUUCAUAUAUUACUAAAA